CGUGGGGCUGAGGAGGGGGGGCAAUGAGCCAUGCGGGGGGGGGGGGUUGAGCCCCAGUUGUGCCUGUAGGAGGGUGAGGGGGAUCCCUUCUGCUGGAGCCCCAGGGCACAGCUGGGGGGCAGCCCCCCCGCCUGGGGUGAAGAGAUUGAGACCCCCCCAUUGUGCUGGUUAGAGACACCCCCCCCCCCAGGCAGGCAGCUCCCUCCUGGGGUCCUGGCCCCACGGGGGGGACCAUCCCCCGCAGUGUCAGCUGGGAACAGGAUUCCUGGCCACGCUGGGCUCCCUGCUAAACAGCUGGGGGGGUCACCUACCUAGACAAUGCUGCGGGGGGGCGGUUAAAUAGCUCGUUACUUGCUGAUCGCCAUCAUUAUUACUAGUGUGUAUAAUUUAGCACCUGACACACUCUUGUUUCGUGUCUGGCUGAACUAAGUAUAAAGGAUCUAGGGUUGGGAUUGGGGCGCUCGGUGUGUUUUUUCGCCUGUUCGCAAACAGGAGAAACUAUGGUGCCAAGAGACCACAUCCCCGUUGUGGUCACCAAGGAGGACGGCGGGAUCCUGCGGGCUCCCCAAUGACCGGCCAGGCUCCUGCAGGAAGAGACGAGACUCCUGGGCCCAGAGAACCGGCGGAUUCGCUGUAAACACGGGCUGGUUAGGAGUCGGAAGCAUUUUCGACACACUGCGCUCAAACAUCAUUUUCAACCCGCGCUGCGGGAUGACGGCCCCAGGGAAGCUGCGGGUGGCGGUGAUCGGGGCCGGAGCAGCCGGCCUGUGCGCCGCCCGGCACCUCGCUGCCCACCCCGAGUCCUUCGCGCCCCCCGUGGUGUUCGAGGCGUCCGGCCGCGUGGGGGGCAUCUGGGUCUAUACGGAAGAGACGGGGCAGGGACCGGACGGGCUCCCCGUCGGGUCCAGCAUGUACCGGGACCUCAGGACCAACCUGCCCAAGGAGGUGAUGGCGUUCCCCGACUUCCCCUUCGACCCCUCGCUGCCGUCCUUCCUGCACCACUCGCACGUGCUGGCUUAUCUGGAGCGUUACGCCGACCACUUCGGGGUCCGAGAGCACAUCAGGUUCUGGUGGCGGGUGGAUGCCGUGAGCCCGGCCGAGGGCGGCUGGGACGUCACCGCCUGCCAGGCCCAGGACCGGACGGUGCAGACGACCGAGCGCUUCGACGCCGUCCUGGUCUGCAGCGGUCACUACGCCGACCCCUUCGUCCCCCCCAUCCCCGGCCUGGAGACCUUCCCAGGCCGGCUGCUGCACAGCCACGACUACCGCUGCCCGGAGCCCUUCGCGGGCCGCACCGUGGUGCUGCUGGGGGCCGGCCCGUCCGGCGUGGACCUGGCGCUCCAGCUGGCCCCCGUGGCCCGGCGGGUGGUCCUGAGCCACCGGCAGCCCCCGCUGCCCGGGCUGCCCGGGAACGUGCUGCAGGCGGCGCCGGCGGUGGGCGUGGCGGGGGCCACGGUGCAGUUCGGGGACGGGGCCGAGCACCGGGCUGACGUCCUCAUCCUCUGCACCGGCUACCGGUACCACUUCCCCUUCCUGGCGCCCGCCCGCCUGGGCCUGCGGCUGACGGAGCACACGGUGACACCACUGUACCGGCACCUGCUGCCGCCGCGCCAUCCCGGCCUCUUCUUCAUUGGGCUCUGCCAGCAGAUCUGCCCCUUCCCCCACUUCCACUGCCAGCUGCUCUUCUGCCUGGCGGUGCUGGCGGGCACCUGCCGCCUGCCCCCCGCCGCCGAGCUGCAGGCGGCCGCCGAGGGGGAGUUACGGCAGCACCUCGGGGCCCCCCAGCACUUCCACCGCCUGGGCGGGCGGCAGUGGGGUUACUGCCAGGAGCUGGCACGGCUGGGCGGCUUCGAGCCUCCGCCCCCCGUGCUCAGGAAGAUCUACGAGGCCGUGCGGGCGAGCCGCAGCCGGGACGUCUCCCGCUACCGGAGCCUCAACUACCGGGUGUUGAGUGCCGAGGAGUGGGAGCUGGUGGGGGCCGAGCCCGGGGGGGCCCCCGGCGAGGGGCGGUAACGGUCCCUGUGCACUGAGGGGGCAGCCCCGGGGGCAAUGGAGACGGAGCUCCCGGCCCGGCCGCGGGGGAGCCGGCGGGCGGGUGUCUGGAGACCCUUCCCCAUCGGUGCCUCCGGCCCCCGCUCGCCCCACGCCACCGCCUGGGGCCCCAGCCGGUCCCUGCUCGCCCCGCGUCACCCCCCGGCGGCCGGGGCCCCGGCCGGACCUCCCGCCACAUCCGAGCCGGGAUGAAAUCCCCUGGCACGUCGGGGCCGGUGGGGAAUGGGCGCCGGUAGCCCGAGGAGCCGAAACCUCGGGCUGGGGCGGUUUGAUAGUGAAGAAAGGCGCAA